AUGCAGAAUUAUGAAAUUUUAGAAAAGAUUUAUGAAUCAAAAUCUACAAUCAUUCAUAAAGUCAGAAAUAUCAAAGAUAAUAACAUAUAUGCCAUGAAAGAAUUUGUUGGGUUUUAUAACUAAGGUAUAAGAUUUCGAUAAAUGUAGCUUUAAGUGAGAUAUCAAUUAUGAAAAAAUGCUAAAUACCCUUUGUUAUAAAACUUAAAGAAGUAUUUAGAAUAGAUGACAAUGUCAUAAUUAUAAUGGAGUAUGCAGAUUAAGGAAAUCUGAAAUAAUUUAUAAGCGAGCAUCUUGGAAGUUUCAUUUCAGAACGAGUGAUUUGUAAAAUACUAAUACAAAUCGUCUUUGUUUUUAUCUAUAUGAGAGAAAAUAAGAUAUGUUAUAAAGGUUUAAAUCCUGAAAAUAUAUUGAUACAUUAAGAAUAAGUGAGAAUUUGUGAUUUUGGAAUAGAUAAUUUAAUUGAGCAUUAAAAACCCAGUUAUAGACCUCCAGAAUUACUAUUUCAAAAUAAAUUUUCAUACAAAUCGAUGAUGUAUCAUUUAGGUCUUGUUUUAUACGAAUUGACUACACAAAGACAACUAUUUAAGUUAGAGAUUAUCGAACAAAUCAAAGCAGUGAUCCUUAACGGAGGAGCGUAAUUGAAAUUAUCAUUUAAGUAUUGUAAAGAUUCCAUAGAUAUACUCCAAGUAGCUUCGAUUCAUCAUUUCAACUUGUCUUGAUCUCCAAGAAACAGAUAGGUUGGAUAUUCGUCAAUUAGUACAAAACGAAAACUUUAAAGUCCUAUUGAAAUAAAAACAUUUCACUUUUACUUAUGAAUAAUAGGAUACUUUCGAGUUUUGGUGUAAUAAUAAAUAGUAAAAAUAAAAAAGAAAGAGUGUUUGUACUGAAAAUUUAGAUUUAGAAGUGAAAGAAUAAUUACCAUUAGAUUAACAAAUUAUUUAAUAGGAUAAGCCAAAUAAAAAUAUUACAAUGAACUUAGAAUCUAAAAUAAAAAAUAAACAAACUAUUCCAAAACUGAAUUUAAAAAAACCUCCGGAUGAUACAUUAACUCUGAGACCAAUUUCAUAAUAAACCAAAGGAACUUAAUCUAAUACUAUUAUUAAAAGUAAUACUUUCAGUCGAUAAAAUUUCAUCUCUUCUACUCAUAGAAAAUUAGUUUCUCCUAUUCCCAAACCUUAAUGGAUUGACUUUUUAUCAAAACCACAAUAUUUAGAUGCUCCAAUCAAACCUUAAACUAUUAUAAAUAAUUUAAUCAAACUAAAAAUGGAAUAGUGUGUAGAGACUAUUGGAAUAGAAGAGACGAGAUAAACUCUAAAUCGAUUAAGACAAGGUGGAUCAGUAAAUGAAUUUCUUUCUAAAUAUCAAGAUUCUAAACAUCAUUGCAUAGCUAGGCAUAUGUAGGAUAUUAUUUCGUUUACAUAAUUAUGA